AUGUUCUCAUACACAUCGCGCUCCUUAAUUGGAGUGGGCAAGCACCUCAGGGCGCCUGUGCCAUUCCGCUCUCUAUCAUCCCCAACCCAGCCAACUCCGCCGGAGCAAGAGAAGACACCCGUUCAAGACCCAACACCCACCUCUACACCAGUUGCUCCUGCAGAAGCUGCCCCUGUGGCCCCUACACCUGCUGCUACGCCCAUCGCAACUCCCGCCGCUACCCCCGCCGCUACUGCCCCUGCAUCGACUGCUCCAGUAGCAUCGACGGAAGCCGAGCAAAUUACUGAGCCUAGCGUGAAAGAAUGGUCUGAACGGUUAGGAGCAUUCGGUGAGGAGAGCCGACUUCCACGAAGUGUGCAAGCUAUAUACCUACGGCCUUUGCGGAGGAAGGUGGAGUACGGCCUCCCAGUCUGCGACCUUCAACUGCGGUCAUACAGCGUCCGUAACGUGGAGUUCUUCACGGACUUUGCCAUCCGCGCUGCUUACUACCUCAACCUUCCCGUGUCCGGGCCUGUGCCUCUUCCCCGUAUCGUUGAACGCUGGACCGUACCCCGAAGCAACUUCGUACACAAGAAGAGCCAGGAAAACUUCGAACGAAUCACCCUCCGUCGACUGGUUCAGAUCAAGGAUGGAAACCCACAAGCGGUGCAGGCAUGGCUUGCAUUCCUCCGGAAGCACGCCUUUUAUGGAGUCGGUAUGAAGGCAAAUGUCUGGGAACACGACAGUCUCGAUGCUAGUAAGGCCAUGGAUGCUUCUGUUGCCGAGGUGGAAGAAGCUCUUCGCCCUGAGCUCGCGCAAUUCGGUCAGCGGAAGGAUAACUCGGCCCCGGGCACGAUAUUCGAUACUUUAAACAGUGAGCGAUUCGCAGAGCGCAAGCGUCUAUAG